AUGGCAUCUUCGGCCAAUUUUAACACCGUCGCAAUGCUGCCAGGCACACCCUACUUCUGCCCAACUGCGCCUGGCCCGUCCACACCAAAAUGGUUAUCUGAAGGGCAUCCACAUCCCGAAUACCAGAUCCCGAAGUUCGUCAGCAGGAGCGGUACUAGGAUGCAUCCAGUCCCGGACCCCUUGAGGUAUCCGGCGGACGUCAGAUGGCCUUCUGAAUUUGCAUAUCAAAUUCAAACCUUUCAUCCGGCAGCAGCAGCAGGUAGGCCGUCUCUGCCUGAUGCAUACCCUACCGACCCGUUUCCUUCCACAUCGAUGGCGCAGCUACCCGGUAACUGUUGCUUUGGCCGUUUAGAAAACACAGGGCCUUGCUAUUAUCCGAAUACAAUGCUUCCGACUGGCUAUGCAGCGCCUUCUCCUAAUAAUUAUUUUGCUGCAACCCAACACAUCGCUCAAUGGAAGGUAAUCAUUGUGAAAUUCUCGAAAAAAAUCAAGCAGAAAUUAAAACAGCUUAGCAUUUCAUCAGAGGCCCCGGGGGUGAUGAAUCCGCAAGCGAAUGGAAAAAAAUCACGAGUGACGCAGCCGGUGGCCAACACACCGCCGUAUCGCACAGGCCCAGGCACGAACAGUGAGUGUGUUUCCUUCCACGCUAUUUAUUUGUAG